AUGGAAGAAUAUAGACAUCAAGUUGGUGGUCAUUGCAAAUUGAUCAAACCCAAAGACUCAUCAAAAGUUUACAAACCACUCAUAGAAAAUGAAUAUAUUUUUUAUGAAAAAUUAAAAAACUUUCGUUCUUCUUCUGCAGAAUCUAGUCCUUUACAAAUAUUAAAAAAAUUUAUCCCAAAAUUUUAUGGCGUUGUAGAUAUUCCUAUCGAUUCUUUCUCAGACUUAAAUGAUGAAGUAUUAAAGAAAAAUUCAAAAUUGGUAGAAAAAUCAAAAAAAAAAAAUAAUAAAAAUUCCCAAAAAAAUAACAAUAACUUGAAAUAUACUCGAAUUAAUAAAAAUGAAAAAAAGAAAGAUUGCAUAUGGGCCAAUCCAGAUUAUGUUCAUACUGAAGCGGAAGCCCAUUGUAUUGAUGAAAGUAUUUGCAUAAAUAUGAAAGAGAGCAUAAAUAAUAUAAAAACUGAUCAAAUAGAUUGUCAAACAAAGUUAAACAUAAAUAGUUACAAGAAAAAUAAUGAGCAUAAUAGUGAGGAUGAUGGGGAUAUGACAAAUACAAAGGAUAAGAAAAAGUGGGUUCCACAUAUUAUUUUAGAAGAUUUAGUAAACGGAUUUAAAAGACCAUGUGUAUUAGAUAUAAAAAUGGGUAAAAGACAACGAAAAAUUGGUGCAUCAUUAGAAAAAAAGAAAAGACAAGUUGAAAAAAGCUUUAAAACAACUAGCCAUUCAUUAGGUUUUCGAUUAUGUGGAUGUCAGCAUUAUAAUAAAUUACAAGAUACAUUAUUUUAUAAAGAUAAAUAUUGGGGUAGAAGUUUAAGCAAAGAAAAUAUUCCAUGGGCAAUUAGAAACUGGUUUUGGAAUGGAUCAUUAUUAUAUGAUGAAUUAAUUCCAAUACUUUUAGAAAAAUUACAUGUUUUUUUUAAUUGUAUUGUUGAAUUGAGACAUUAUAGAUUUUGGUCUUCAUCUUUAUUAUGGGUUUUUGAUGGAGGGUUAAGUGAUAAAAAAGAACGAUCAAAUUCGUUAGAUAUAAGAAUGAUUGAUUUUGCUAAUACAAUAUAUUUACAAGAUAAUCCUUCUGUUGAUGAAGAAUAUAUUUUUGGAUUACGUAAUUUAAUUUAUUUUAUUCAAAUAUUAUAUAAUUGUAUACAUAAUAUAUAUUAUUUACCUUAUCAAAUUAAUACCUCUUUUUAUUCUGAAAAUUAUGAUAUCACAAAAAAAGAUAAAUCUAUACAACCAUUUUAUCAUCAUAUUAUUAAAGGGAAAAUAAAAUCAGAUAUUACGAACCAAAUUAAAGAGAAAAAAAAAAAAAAAAUUAAAAUCAAAAAAUUAAAACAACAAAAAAAAUAUACUAUAUCCAUGAAUAUGGAACUUUUAAAACAGAAACAAAUUUCCACAAAUGAAAAUUAUGCCCCGUUACAAAAUCAUGAACCUAACAUUCAAAAAGUUGAUAGAUAUGAAGGAAUCCAAGCAUCUAAGGAUAUUUGUAAAACCGAAAAGGUUGAAGUUAAUAAUAAUAUUAAUCAGGGAACUGAUAAAGUAAACUGUUUUUAUUUUAUUAAUAAUGAUAAGUAUUCAUCUGUUGAAGUAAAUGCAAAUUGUAACGGUUCUAAAUAUUUUGUCAACAAAAGUAAUCAUAGCACUUCGAGUUUUGUCACAUACCAUUCAAAUGAUGAUAGGAAUCAAAAGUUAGAUGAACAACAGCUUAUCAAAAUUUUGUGUAACAACAAUGAAACUAUAAAAAUUGAUAAAGACAAGGUGAAUGUAAAAAUGGAUAUAAAAUGUAUAUUAAAUACAAAAGUAAGUAGUUACAAUGAAAAGGUAUGUGAUAAUUUGAACAACGAUAAAGAGGAUCUGAUUAUGGACAACUCCAACUAUACAAACGGUGAACAAAGAAAAAUAGACAAUGAUUCAAAAGUGCAAAUAAAUAGAAGCAUAGAUAAAUUUAAUUUAGAAAAAUCUUACAAUUAUAAACAGAUUGAAUCCAAAAAAGAAAACAAAGAAAAUGGAAUAAGUGAGAUAACAGUUCAAUGUUUAAAUGAUAAUAAAAUUUGUUAUAAAAAUAUGGAUGUAAAAAAGGUAUGGUCAAAUUUCCCAAUUUCUAAAAAGUAUAAAGAAAAAAAUACAAACAUAUUUAAUUCCACAUGUUUACCUUCACUAGAAAAAAGACUAAAAGGGUAUAAUACAAAAAUAGCAUUAAAAAAAAUAAACUUUAAUUCAGAUUCAUUUUUAUUUUUUAAGAAAAGCUUAGAUAUAAAUAGUGUUAAAAAAGUUGUAAAAAAAAAAAAAUUACAAAUGUGUGAGAAAUCCAAUUCAUGUACAGAUAUUUUUAUAAAUAUAAAAAAAGACAAAAAAAAAAAAAUAUAUUAUGAAAAGAAAAUUAACAAAUAUAUUUUAAGAAAGUAUAGCGAGUUUAGUGAUAUUAAAUGUUUCACCAAAUCAGUAAAUCAAAUGAGCUACUUACGUAGUAGUAACAUGCCCAAUAAUAGACAUACUAUUGUUUAUAAAAAAAAUAAGAUCUAUAAUAAAUUUUACAAAAUGAAUAAAAAUAAAAAAAAAUAUUAUUCACAUUCUAUUAAUAAACCAUUAGAAGAAUUCAAUGUUUAUUCAGGACAUAAAAAUAGUAACAUGUUUUGUAUUGAUGAUACUAUUUUAAAUUCAUCGAAAAAACAAAAUAUUUUGUUUAAUAAGCAUAUUGAAUAUGAGCUAAAACGUAAAAAUUUAAUAAUUCCUUUAACAGAAACAAAUGAAAAUUAUAAAUAUAUUCGUAGAUCUUUAUCUGAACCUAAUAUUUAUAAAUUUCCUAGAUUUGCAUAUACCCCCAACAAUUUUAAUUCUACAGAAAUCCAUUAUACUAACUUAAUAAAAAAUAAAUUAGAAAAAUUAAUUAAAGCUCCUAUAUAUGACCAUAUUUAUGGAUUUAUUUCAAGUUCAACUAAUGUUGAUUAUUUUUCAAAUUGUUCUAUAAGCGAAUAG